UGAUCUGCCCGCCUUGGCCUCCCAAAGUGCUGGGAUUACAAGCAUGAGCCACCACGCCCGGCCUAUCCUGACUCUUUCUAACAUCCAUCAUCUUAUUUUUGCUUGAUUCUUCUUCUAGAAUGUGAGCAGGACGUUCACUUUGUUUGCUGCCUGGAACAGUGCCUCGUUCAUAGCAGGUUUUCAACAAAUACUGUUGAUGAGUGAAUGACUUCAAAGGACCAUGGGAAGUUCAACUGUGUCCUUAGAGUUGACCCUCAGCAUUCUCCUUCGCAGUCAUUUCACACUUCCCAGGUGGUAGGUGGUCAGCAAAGCUGCCGCAGAGCUGUGAGCUGUCCUGCAGCAGACAGGGUGCUACAGUGGACUCUGGGCUGUGUCGCUAGUGGGCUCUCAUCAGAACUAGAGGGUGUGCAGUGCAGAAAUAAUUCCACAUGAGGAGAUGCCCCAGCAUGAUACGAGGGGGCCUGUGCAGCUCAAAGGAGCAAUGUGUCCUCUUGGCUCCCCAGGAUAAAUUAACUGAAGCCUGCACUCAGGAAGGCGGGGGUCACGGUCCAUAAGGACACUGGGCUGCAGGGUCUGAAUGGGGUUUCUACUGGGCUGGCACGUGGAGUCCGGGAUCCCCAGUUGGUCAGUCGUGUGGUCCCAUCCAUGCUGCUGCCUCCUGUGCCAACCCCCGCCAACACAUACACACACACACACACACGUCAAAACCAAAGCCUCCAAGGGCCAUGCAUUGCCCUCCCCUGACCUUGGGGAAGCAGCCACUUUUACAUCCUCUUUACAGGAGUUCAGGCUGAAGCUUGUGGGAUUCAGGAGACCAUCCAGGGUCAUGGGAAAGGUAAACGGGGGGCUGGGCACACCCACCACAGCCAAAGCCCUGGCACAUUUCCCCUGCCAAGCUGCUUCUCUGAGGCCCAGUUUCCUAAUCUGCGGGAGGAGAGGAGCUGUGAGGAGAAAACAGAAUAACACCUGGCUGGCAAUGGCAGCACUUAAAGCACAUUGGGUGGAAUGGAAUCACUGCUCACCUCAUGGGCUUCAAAGGGGCCGGGUCUGCCUUUGGUUCUUUGACUUUUGCUUCUGUUGAAGUUGGUCUGUGUAUUUUGAAUGUAGGGUGGAUGAACAAGGCAUUUCUAGUCUGUUACACUAAUCAUCUUAAUAUUUUAUUUUAAUUGUAAGCCACCUAUUCCCUUUUGUUCCUUUAACAAAUCCAAUUAAAACAGAGUACAUCCAGAAUUACAAAAUAGAUGCUAUUAAACCAAUAAGAAAUCAUAAUCUUUUGUUAUUGGGCCAUGUGACCUCCUGGGAACUUUUGCUCCAAAUAAAAGUUGAAUUCUUAUUAUCCGCUAGGGGAAAGGGGGCAGUUUGACAGCUAACGGCUUUCCAGGCAGCACAUGUGCAGAGCCACGCUGGUGCUAAGGAUAGAGAAGUAAAUAAUACUAGGGGCAGACAAAGCUAUAAAUGCAUAAUAUCCCAGUAAGACACUUAGAGCUGGGUUGAUCAAAUUAACCAGAUAAUUGCCAAAUGAAGUGAACCUGAGAAAUUUUUAUACAGACACUCCAUUUGCUACUUUAUAGGCAUGGGGAUGGAAGUUUUGUUGUAAUGGGAAGAACAUACCCCACAGAAGUGCUGGAAUAAGGUGGCUGUGUGUGCCUGGACAAACUCCUCAUACAACUUCCCUCCCCACACCACCCAGAAUAGGAGGAAUAUUCCUACUACAAAGGAGAGUGAUAUGGAUGACUGAAAUGGCAAAGGAGAGGUCACUUUAUGAAGACACAGGCAUGAUGUACCUCUUAGCGUGGUUCUGAGGAUGUGUAGAGGCAGCGGGGAGGGUGCUGGGGGGCAUCAUUUGACCAGCACAUAGAGACAGCUGCUGUGUGGCAAUAGCAGAAGUACCUUAUGAGAGGUUAGACUUUCAAGUGAGCUCACAUGGUAAAAAUCAAACUUCUGGUGGUCUGCAUACAGCCACCCCUGAUACAGGGGCACUACAGCAGCCUGCAGCCCUCCAGGGCAAAGAGGUCACUGCCUUUCUGGUGAGCACCAGGGAAUGCAGUUGACUGAUGUCCCUGGGCGAUGCUACAUGAAAAUCCUGUGUCUUUGCACUCUUGACUCACACUCCAUGUGGCAAGGCGUUUACACUGCAUUGGGCCUGCAGGGACUGGAGAAACUGAGAAACAGCCAGGUUCUGCCUCCAUUGCCACCCACUUGGGGACACAUGCCUAUGAAGUGAACUGGCUCAUGGCAUUAUGUGUGCCCCAUAAACUGUUUCUCUUUCUGUCAUUGUCAAUUGCUAAACUCUUACAGUUAAAUGACUCUAUUAAUGCUAUUAAAAUAUCAGUAACAUUCAUACUAUUUGUACAUAUUUAGAUAUACACCCACAUAUAUAUGGUACAUCUAUGAAAAUGAAUAUCCUGCAUAUGGGCCCCUGGACAGUGAAGUGAGCAGGCAAUGGGUCACACUGAAGCGAUUUCUUCAGGGACCUUAUUUGCCUGUGGUCAGUUCCUCCAAAAGGCCAGUGGAACGUCUGCAUUACUGAACCUCUGCAGGGAUUUUGGCUAAGGCUGCCUCUCUGUCUCCUCACUCUGUUGAGUUGGCUGGCUGCUUCAGCCAGAGUGCACACCAUUCUUCAUUUAGCAGACUCUCUAGGGGGUGACAUUGCAGUUCCCAGGCCAAUCCACGCCAAAUUAGAAUGGACUUGAGCAAGUGUCUCAUCACCCAGAGCUCUGGGGACUCUGACAUUCCUUGGUUCCAAUGUCAGAGAUUCCAGCAAAACAGGAACACCCUUCCUGAGGCCUGGGGCCAUGGUGGCGGGGGGCAGUGGCCUUCCUUAAUCUCCUGUGCAGAAGUGGGUGUGGCUUUCAGCCUGAGAGUCAUAGGAUUCCAGGAUGGCUUCCUCCCCUUGGAGGCAGUGGGGGCCAGCAAUGUACCCCCAGGAUGAGGCAUUUGCUACUGCUAGAGCACAGGCAGCAGAGGGAGGAGAGAGAGAGGUGGCACUGUGUAUAGAACGAUUGUACACCAGUUUGCGUAUCAGACACAUCAAGGUUUGACUUUGACUGUACUCUUUGCUGCCUGUGUGACCUUGGGGAAGUCACUUAACUUCUCUGAUCUCAAUUCUCUUAUUGUAAAAAUAAGGUUGAUAUUUUGCAUAGUUGCUCUGGAGAUUAAACAUACAUGAAGGGCCCAGCAGCACGUUUGAGGCAAUUACUUUGAUACCAUGAGUGAAUGAUAGAGAGGGGCUCUUGACAUUGGCAGUAUUUCCAAAAUUAAUGUCAGAAGUCCCCCCAAACCGUGGAGUCCCUUUAAGAUUCCAGCCCCUGCUUCUGCAUCUCUCCUUCCAUCAUCCCUCCAUCAGCUCUGCCCAGAGUGUGGUGGAGCUAUUGCUGUGAGCUGCACUGUCAUCUCUGUACCUCUAAUCUGUCCCUUUCUAGCAAUCUGUCCUUCUGCCCACAGGGAAGCAGGGCUCACAUUGGGGCAGUUAGUGGAAAAAACAAAAACACUUUAUGUUUAUACCCCUAAGGAAGCUAUAUUCCUAAAUCCCGGUAACACUGCAGAGCAAGUAGCACAGUACACAGUUUCUGGCCCAGAAUGAUCUUUGGACAAGGGGUAAUUCUUUAAGCUAUGCCCAAGUCAAAAGUUCGUGCUGAUUUCAGAGGCCUUGCCCAGAGGUUCUCAACACACCCAUUACAGACACAGGACCCAGAAUGACAGUGCAGGUCUCCACCUCCCAUGGAUUUCAUCUGUGAAGAUACAACUCCACCUCUCUUUAGAGGGAGCAUGACCAUCCUGGGAAGGGGCAGAGGACACAGAGAGUGAUCUGAAGCCACUCAGGAGGUCACAGUUACGUCAGCUGGCCUGUUACAUGCCCAGUAAAUAUAAGGGUUGGGAGAGAGGACAAAUGCAGUUACUUUUGAAUGAGUGAGUUGUUGAGGGAAGUUUGUAUCAUUUCCUCUUAAGAGAUGACCCACAAGCAAAAGAUAUUUCUCAUCCGCAUGACAUGAAACUUCCUAUAAAGCUAGUCCCAAACACUGGCUGUGAAACGUCAGUGUCUUUGGGGGUUUCAGUUCCAUGUGUCUAUCCUGUAUCUCAAUGGAUCAGUUGAAAGAAUGAAAUUAUUAUUGUGAGAUUGUGUUAGCAAGCUAUUUAGGGAUGUCAGAUAUAUAGAAACAAAGUCAGUCUUACUUAAAAUUGUAGUCAAAGAUACGUGAGUGUGAAGCACCAGACAAAUUCUAGUAUCAUAAUGACAAGGGUCUUACAACUGGAAACGUUUGCAAAUAUUUGGAUGACAUUAAUAUAUUGGUUGCCAUUACUUUUUUAAUUUAGAUAUCCAUGGGGUGUCCCACCAUGCUGUUUGAUUCACAAUGACUAGAGAGAAAAAAUUAAUUAGAAAUUAAAGUCAAACCAACUGGUCCACUUUUUCCAAAGUAUAAAAACCAAUUGUACAAGAACAAAAAGACACAGUACAUUUAGAAACCUCUUAUAUUUGAGCUGCCAAGCUGUUCAUGUGGAAUGAAAUCUAUUAUCCAUCAAACCACACAUAAAUACAUCCAUUCAUCUGUCUAUUCACCCAUCUAUCUGCUUAUCCACUUACAUCUUUCUCUCUAUAACUAUCAGCUUCCCUUGUGUGGCUUGAUCCCACUCUGACAUUUCAAGAAUUCUAUGAAAUGAUAAUAGGCCAUCUAGCCAGUUUGAAACAGAUGAUCAAAAGAUCAUCUGUUUCUCCCUUCUUUUGCCAACUCUUACCCUGGGCAGGAAGUGGCUACAUAGAGUUGGAUAACACAAGGCACAUCCCUGGUCUCUGGGGGCUCUGAGACGGGGCUUCUGGCACUGGGUCUGCUUCUAGUGGUACUGGGCAGCUUAGGGGGUCAGGAUGGACCCUGAGCCACACAACACACUCCGCCUUCUAUAACUGAGAGCAAGGGUCCCUGCCAGGGUCGGGUGGCCCCAGGGAGAAGAGCAGAGAGGGUGGAAGUUCACCAUGCCCCAUCUGUCCCCAGGGCUGCCUAGGGACCCAGACUCCCUGGGGAGGUGAAGUACAUUAUCCCAGCCAGCCCUCACUUUACCUUGAGGUGAUUAAUGGGCAGGCUUGGAGCCAAAGGGCCCUUUGGAGAGAGGCUCCUUAAUGGAGGAGUUCUCUGUAGCCAGCGCCGCGCUGCUCAUCACCAUUCAUCAGAGCUGGGAGGGCUUCUUCUCACAGUGUGGGUGGGCUAUGGGCAGCAGGCACAGCUGGGCCCAACUGGCUGGAUCUCCCGUUUGCUGGAAACACCCCUUCCUGUCCAGGAUUCUUGCUAACCCAUGCUCAGUGUGUUUGGACUCCCUGAGCUGAAUUUUAUCUUACAUAGUAGAAGAAAACCAAAAGGCAGCCCGGGUUUUCAGUGUUUAGGGGAUUCUGGUGGCCAGAAUCAGUGAGGAUCUAGAUUUGAACUAUUUCAACUUGAGGACCGGGCCUGUUUACUGUUUAUCUGUGUUGCUCAGAGGCUUGAUAAAUGGUAGGCACUCAAUAUGCUCAUACAGUGAGUGAACAAAUGAAUGAAUGCUUGAGUAAGCACAUGGACUUAGCUUAAAUCAGUCCCAAAGGACUAAUAACAACCACAGAGAAAUGAAAAUUUACUGAUUGUUUAGGCCCAUGGGAUAGGGUUGCCAAAUAAAAUACAGAACUAUGCAAUUAUUGGGACAUACAUAUAUAUAUACUAAAACUAUUUGUUGUUUAUCUGGAGCUCAAAUUUUACUGGGGAUUCUGCAAUUUUAUUUGCUAAAUCUGGCAAAUCUACCAUGAGGAGAAGCCAUUGAUAAACAUCAGAUGAGUGCAUAGACUUCCCUGAUCUCAAUUCAUCUCUUUUUAAUGAAGAUUUCAACUCAAGCACAGCAGACAGUUUUUCUGACAUGCCAGCUUGUGAACAGCUGUUCCCUGUGGAACACAUCCCCCUGGUGCAUACAUCAGGGAGACAUACACAUUGGACCACAGUGGUGCCCAGAUGGUACCUAUUUGGAUGCCUUUUCAGGGGCAGAACUGGGUUGUGUGGGGCUGUAACAAAAUCACAGACUUCCAACGUGGGACGAGCCAGCAGGCACAGUGAGAGGAACAGAAGUAGAAUAUGGAGUCCCAACCAUUUUGUAAAGUUUUUUUAAAAACAAUUUACUGUGUAGACACAGUAAAAUUGCCUCUUUGGGCACAGUUCUCUAAGCUUUAACAGAGGUACAGAUUCAUGUAACCACCAUCACUGUGGGGGUGCAGGCAGUGACACCAACUCAGAAAACUCACUUGUGCCUUUCCCUUCUAGUCAAGCCUUUCCCCAACCCCUAAUCCCUGCAACCACAGAUUUGUUCUGCACCUAAAGUUAUGGCUUUUUCAGAAGGUCACAUAAAUGGAAUCAUUCCAUUCAUGUAGACUUUUGAGACUUUUUUUGUUAGGCAAAAUGCUUUAGGGUUCAUCCAAGUGGUUGCAUGUAUCAGUAGACUUUGUGUUUAGUAGUAUUCCAUUACCACAGUCCUCGCUUACCUGCAGGUUGUAUGUUCUAAGACCCCCAUUGAAUACCUGAAACCACUAUAGUAUACUAUGUUUUUCCUAUAGGAAAACUAUGAUAAAGUUUAAGUUAUGAGUUAGGCACCGUAAGAGAUGAACAACGAUAAUUCAUCAUAAAAUAGAACAAUUUUAACAAUAUACUGUUCUCAACUUCACAGAUAGAAGAUUCAUUCUUGCUGUAGAUGUUAGCAACCUCAGCAUAUGAUUUGUUUUUUUCCCCAAGUCAAGAACUUUCACCUUUUCACUUAAAGGAAGCACUUUAAGGCUUCUCUCUCUUUGGCAUAUCUGAGCUACCAGCAUCACUAAUCACUACUAGGACAGCUACUGAGUGAUGAACAGGCAGCUAGCAUUUACUGAGUGAAUCCACUGGAAAAAGAGAUGAUUCAAGUCUGGGUGGGAUGUAGCAGGAUAGCCUGAGAUUUCCUCAUACUACUCAGAAGAGUGAGCAAUUCAAAAUGUAUGAAUUUCUUAUUUCUGGGGUUUUCCAUUUAAUAUUUCCAAUCUAGGGAACUAAAAAUGUGGAAAUGGAAACAGCACAUAAGGGGGACUACUGUACAGUAUUAGGAAUCCACCCAUUGAAGGACAUUUAUUAUUUUUCUGUUUGGGGCAAUUAUGAAUAGAGCAUCUAUAAACACAUGUGAACAGGUUUCAGUGUGAACAUGGAAUUUUACUUUUCUAGGGUAAAUACUUCGUCGGGGAAAUGCCAGAUGAUAUAAUAACUAUAUGGUUUUGUAAGAAAUUUCCAAAGUGUUUUCCAAGAAGCUGUACCAUUUUGCAUUCCCAUCAGCAAGGAAUUAGAACUCUAGUUAUAGUAUCUCCUUGCCAAAACUUUGCACUAUCGAUUUUUGUGUUUGUACAUUUCUAUAUUGAAAUGUAUCUUUAAAUCUUCUGGACAUUAAAAAAAAAUGUAUUGCUUGCUUUCUUACUGUUAAGUUGAAAAGAUCUUUAUAGAUUUUGGAUACCAGAUAUCUAUGAUAUAUAUGAUUUGCACUGUUUUCUUCCAGUCUGUAGCUUGUCUUUUCAUGCUCAACAUUUUUUUUCACAGAGCUCUUAAUUUUGUUCAACUUGUUAAUACCAUCUUUUGUAAAUUGUGCUUUUGCAUUUACUCAAAGUCAUGAAGAUUUUCUCCUUCAUUUUCUUUUCAAAGUUUUAUAGUUUUACAUUUUACAUUCAAAUCUAUGAUCCAUUUUGAGUUAAUGUGAGUUAAUUAGGCCAAGGUUUAAUUUUUUGCAUAUAAAUAAUCAAUUUCAACACCAUUUGUUGAAGAGUUCAUUGUUUCUCCAUGGAACAUCCUUUGACCUUUUGUCAAAAAUCAAUUGACCAUUUGGCCAUGUUUGUGUAGAUCUAUUUCUGGACUCUAUUUUUUGUUCCAUUGAACUAUCUACCUGUCCCAUCACCAGUAAUACCACAUGCUGUAACUAUAUGGUAAAUUUUAAAAUUAGGACGCAUAAUCCUCCAACUCUAUUAUUCUUUUUCAAAAUUAUUUUCCAUUUCUAGUUUCUUUUCCUUUCAUAUAAAUUUUAAAAUCUAUUCAUCCAUAUAUGUAAAUAAUCCUGCUGUAAUUUUGAUUAGACCAAUUUGGGGAGAGUUGACAUUAAGUCAUCCAAUUCAUGAGCAUGGUAUGUUUCUCCAUUUAUUUAGAUCUUCUUUGCUUUCUUACAUCAGCAUUUUAUAAUUUUCAUUAUAAAAAUCCUGCAAAUUUUGGUUACUUAUGUGAAAUAUAGAAGUAUUUUAUUGUUUGGAGCAUUAUUAUUUUUCAUAAUUCAGUUUCCAAUCAUUAAUGGCUUGUAUAUGGAAAUGCAAUGGGGGUUUUGUGUGCUAACCUUGUAUCCUAUGACCUUGCUAAACUCAUUUAUUAGUUUCAAGACUGUUUUUUAAAUUCUGUGGGAUUCUCUAUGUGGACAAUCAUGACAUCUGUGCAUAAGAACAGUUUUAUUUCAUUCUUUUCUGUCUGUAUGCCUUUAUUCUUUGCAUUCUUGCACUGGUUAGAAUUUCCAAAGUAAUAUUGAACAGACAUAGUGAGAGUGUGCUGUCUUGUCUUAUUCCCAAACUUCAGACGAGAACCUUCAGUCCUUCACCAAGUAUGAUAUUAGCUCUAGCUUUUUAAUGUAUGUCCUUUAGCCAGAUAAGGAAGGGCCUUUUUGUUACCAGUUUGCUGAGAGUUUUUAAUCACUAGCAGAUGUUAAAUUUGUCAAAUGUUUUUUCUGCAUCAAUUGAUAAGAUUUUUUUUUCUUUUUAGUCUGUUAAUAUGGUAUGUUACAUUACCUGACCCCCAAGUAUUGAGUAAUUUUGGGUUGUCAUUUAUAUUCUUUUUACAUGUUACUGAAUUCAAUUUGCUAAUACUAUGUUGAGGAUUUUUGUAACUAUGUUCAUGAAGAAUAUUGAUCUGAAGAUCUCUUUCUUAUAUUGUUUUUGUGUGAUUUUAGCAUCACGGUAAUGCUGACAUCAGAAGAUAAGUUGAGAAUUGCUCUCUACUCUAUUUUUUUUUUGAAAGCGAUCAUAUCAAAUUGCUAGUAUGUCUUUGCAAUUGAUCGAAUGUUUGUGUCCCCCGAAAAUCUGUAUUGAAACUGUAAUCUCCAGUGUGAUGGUAUCAGAAAGUGAGGCAUUUAGAUCAUGAGGAAAUUAGAUCAUGAGGGUGGAGACUUCAUAAAUGGAUUUAUGCCCUUACCAAAAGGGACCUCAGAUAAUUGUUUUACUCUCUUUCUACCAUGUGAGGACACAGCAAGAAAACAUCUAUGAACCAGGUAACAUGCUCUCACCAGAUGGCAAAUCUGUCAAUGACUUGAUUUGGACUUCCCAGCCUCUGGAACAGUGAAAAAUAAAUUUAUGUUGCUUACAAGCCAAAUAGUCUAUGGUACUUUGUUUUAGUAUCCUGAGUGGACCAAGACAGUCUUCUUUAAAUGUUUGAUAGAAUUUAACGAUAAGACCACUGGGCUUCGGGUUUUCUUUUUUGAAAUGUUUUCAACCAUGAAUUCCAUUUCUUCAAUAAAUGGAGGUCUAUUUGGGUUUUCAUUCCUUCACAAAUAUUUAGUAAUUUUUAGUUGAUCUUAUCCAGGUUCCUUUUUUUUUUUUUUUUUUUUAAGAGUUGUUUGUACUGUUCUCUUACUAUCCCUUUAAUGCCUGUGGGAUUUAGUAAAUCCUCCCUUUAACUUAUGAUAUUUGUAAUUUGGCUUCUCUUUCUUUUUUAAAAAAAUUGUCAGUCUGGCUAUCUGUUUCAUUAAUCUUUUCAAAGAACCGGCUUAUACUUUUUUGUACAAUUUCAACUCUUCAAAUUUGUUAAGACUUUUUUCAUGACCCAAAAUAUAGUCUGUAUUAGUGGAUAUUCCAUAUGUACUUGAAAAGAGUUUGUAUUCUGCAUUUGCUGGCUAGAGUGCUUUAUACAUGUCAGGUUCAGUUGGUCGGUGGUAAUAGUGAGUUAUUCUAUACUAGCAAUUCUCAUAUCCAGGCAAUUUUGCUCCUCGGUGGACAUUUGGCAAUGUCAAGAGACAUUAUUGAUUGUUACAACUAGUGGGCAGCUACUGGCAACCAGUGGGUAGAAUCUUCCGGCCUUACUCUGCUAAACAUUCUACAAUGCACAAGACAGGUCUUCCCCCAAGCCCCGUCGCCAUCUCACCCCUGCUGACAACAAAUAAUUAUCUGGUCUAAAAUUUAAAUAGAGCCAAGGUUGAGAAAACCUUUUCCUUGCUGAUUUUCUCUCUACCUGUUCUAUUGACUGCUGAGAGACAAGUAUUGAUGUCUCCAAUUCUAAUGGUAAAUUUAUCCAUUCUUCCUUUCAAUUUUAUGUCUUUGCUUCAUUUAAAUUGAAGUUCUGCUAUUAGGUACAUACACAUUUAGGAUUUUUUUGUUUUAUUGGUUAAAUGCUCAUUUUAUUAAUAAGUAAUGGUCUUACUUCAGGUAAAUUUUCUUAUUCUGAAAUAUGCUUUAUCUGACAUUAAUAAAGUCACUACAUCCUUCCUUUAGUGUUUGCAUGGUAUGUCUUUUUACAUUCUUUUAGUUCAACUCACUGUUGCUUAUUUAAAGUAUAUCUUCUUUAUAGACAACAUACAAUUGGGUCUUUCUAUUUUGUAAUCUAUCCUGAUAAUUGUGUCUUUUAAUUGGUGCGUGUAGGUCACUUUCAUUUAAUGUAAGUAUUGCUUUGUUUGGAUUUCAGUCUAUCAUUUUAAUAGUUGUUUUCUGUUUGCCCCUCUGUUCCCUUUUCCUGCCUUCUUUUGUAUUAUUUGAAUUUUUAAACUCGGUUUUAUUCUCAUUUAUAUAUUUAGUUUUUUACUAUUUACUGUAUCUUUUUAUAUAUUGCCUUAGUGAUUGCUCUGAGGAUUAAAAUACACACACUUAACUUUACAGCCUACUUAGAAUUAAUCUUUCACCACUUCAAAAGCAGUGUAAAACCCUUACCACCAUAUAGGUCUCGCUAACUUCCCCAUUAUGUAGUAGUUGUCUUAUGUAUGACAUCUACAUACUUUGACAACUCCAUCACACAGUGUUACUUUUAUUUCAAUCACAUACAUAUUUUAGGGGUAUUUAGAAGAGAAAAAUCCUCCACAUUUACUCAGAUAUUUAGCAUUUUCAUUGCACUUCCUUUAUCCUCAAAGUUCUGAGUUCCUCUCUAGCACAGUUUCCCUUUCACCUGAAGAACUUCCUUGGGCAUUUCUUUUACAGCAGCUUAGUUAGUGGCAAAAACUUUUAUUUUUCACUCAUCUGAUAAUAUCUUUAUUUUGCCUUCAUUUAUAAAGCAUACUGUCACAGUCUGGGUUGACAGUUCUUUUCUUUCAGCACUUUAAAAAAGAUGUUUCCAGCACCUCUGGCCCCUGUGGUUUCUGAUGAGAAACCUGCAGUCAUUUCUAUUGCUGUUCCCCUGUGGGUGAUGUGUCAUUGUUCUCUGACAGCGUUCAUGUUUUUUCUUUAAUUUGGAGCAGGUUGAUUAUGUGUCUGAGUGUGAAUUUCUUUAUCUUGUUUGGAGUUUGCUGAGCUUCCUUCCUGUGUUUGUAAUUUUUAUGUUUUUCAUCACUGUUGGAAGUUUUCAGCCAUUUUUCCUUCAAAUGUUUUUCUGUACCACAACUGUUUUUCCACUCUCUUUGAGAUACAGGUGUAAGUACAGGUAUCAGCAGAGAUAGAGAUAGAGGCAUGCGUCACUUCCUGCUGUGAAUACCUUCUGAGAAAUGCAUCCUUGGGUGAUUUCAUCAUUGGGUGAACAUCAAAGGGUGCAAACCUAGAUGGCAUAGCCUACUAUAGACCUAGGUAGACUACGUGGUCUAGUCUAUUGCUUCCAGGCUACAAACCUGUACAGCAUGUUACUGUACUAAACACUAUAGGCAAUUGUAACACAACGGUAAGUAUUUAUGUAUCUAAACCUGGAAGAGGUAAAGUAAAAUUAUAGGAUCAUAAUCUUAUGGGACAAUUGUCAUAUAUGCAAUCUGUCAUUGACCAAAACAUCAUUAUGCAGCACAUGGCUAUAUACACACAUGCACAUACACACAUACACACACACACACACACACACAUUUUUAAAGCAGGACUUUUUACUUUUAAAAAGCACCUAGGUCUAUAGUAGGCUAUUCCCUUUAGGUUUGUGUAAAUGUACUCUUUGAUCACUCAAUGAAGAAAUCACCUCUGCCUUUAAACAGAGGCAGCUCAGGGCAAGUCCAGAGUUGCUAUACAACUUUCGGAAUCACUUUUCCUGAAUUUCUUCCCUGUUGCAAUCUCUCUGAACUCUGUGGCUCUCAGGAGCAUCUCUUCUCCCCCCACUUCUUGGUCUUCUGGCUGGAUUUUGUUUUCUAAAUCUGUUGCACACUUCUUGCAACUGUUUCUGCCUCUAGGGCCAAGUGGCAGUAGGGUAGAGAAAACAAAGCAAGCUCCCCAGCUCUGAGGACCACAGUUUAGUCAAAGACAAUGCUUCUCUUCUUUCAACUUCUAGGUGCCUGCCUGGGUGACUCCAGGGACACAGGGUGGCCUGGGAUGAGACAGGAGAGAAGCAAGCAAGCAAACAAACAAAAAACAGACCACAAAACAGAUUUCCCUUACUGUCUCUGACCCUUAAAAAUCCAUUUCCUGUUCCUUGGACCAGAAAGAGAGGUUCUUGUUGGAAAUCAGAAAUCUUUCUGUCCUUAUCUGGUGCAAAGUUUUAUGUUCUGGGCUGCCCUUGAGUCCAAAACAAGAGAAAUGGUUGACGGGAGAAAAGGGAGUUCAGGAAACUUGCGGCCAGAUUGGUCUUCCCUUUGAGUUGUGGAUUUCUUCUCCAAUCUGCCUGAUAUCACUUAUCUCAGAGUCCCCAGAGUGUCUCUGUGCAUUGUGCCCUAGGCUUUACUUGCUUUCAGGAGUCUGGUGGGACCAAGUGAGCAUAUCCAAUCUUAACUGGACUUGGAUUCCACUUUGUUUUUUAAGCUGCUUUAUCCCAUCUGGUUUCUCAGAGCUGAAUGAUAUAGACAGUUCCAUAUUGGUGAACAUGGUGCUGGCUCUGGAAACCAGCCAAUUAUGCCCGAAAAUAGGGAGUCCACCAUUUUUAGAAACUAGGGUGAGCUUACAAGGCCUGUGUAAAUGAACAUCAAUGCUGCCAAGAGCUAAGAACUGUCAUUGGUUUACUGUGGAGACCACCAUCUAUUCCAAGGGGCUGUGAUCCAUCAGGCCUUUCACAGGGUAGGACUCUCUGACCCUUCGGCUGUGAGUGGUGACAGUGGGAUUUACAGUAGGUGUGAGACAGGCUUGCACACAUUUCCCUUUGACACUGGGUGAUGAAAACAUAUAACUAUAUCCCCACACAGCCUGAUUGCUCAAUAUUCAUGUGCUGUAUCAACUUGGGUUCUAAUAAAAGGUAUAGGUGAUGAAGUACAGAGACUGUAGAGCACCUCUCCCUGCCCAUCUCUACAGGGAACAGAGGCAAUGCAAGUUUGUGUCGCCCAAGGGCAUACUUCUGCCUGGUUUGGAAAUCUUGGUCCAAAAGAAAAAAAAAAUCAGCAAGCAGGAGGCACUGAGUUGUUAAAAAGAAAAGGGGGUCCCAGAACCAAACAGAACAAGAGUUGCAUCCUCUUCCUGGCUGCAGACCUUCCUCACUUCUGAGCCUUGGUCUCGCUACAAUAGGGGUAAUGCUGUGGAUCUUGUUGUUGAGGAUUAGAAACAACAUGUGUAGCAAUUUUUAAUAACUAACAUUAAUCAAGCUAUUACUAUGCACCAGGCACUGUUAUAAGUGCUUUAUAGUAGAUAAUUUACGCUCCCUCAGAGCUCUGUAAAGGCGUCUGUUUUCACAAAUAAGAAAACACAAGCACAGAGAAUUUAAGAAGAUUGUGAGUAGAGUAGAGUUGGACGUCUAAGUCAAGCAUGCAGAAGAUAGAAUCCCCAUCACAUCAUAUUGACAUUCUGCUUCCCUGCACUACGGCAGUCACGGCCAUUUAUCAAGUUUCUGUGCAGAGGAGUUGAAGUCCAGUGUGAAGGAUGUGAGAGGAGGAGAGAAGGGGCAGGAGAUGGAAAAGGCAGCAUUCUCCAUGAGCUUUGCCAGCACCCUUCAUUCCCCUGUGUGCUCAUGAUGGGGAGCUGUGGUGCUGCUGGGCCCAGCAAUAGCACACCUUGAUACCCCUGGGCUGAGAAACAGGCUUUUCUGCAUGGCUACUGUUGCACUGUAGCCAAGGCCUCACUAGUUCCUCUGGGUCCAUGAGGAGAAGAGGGAUGGGAGCAGUCGGUCUUAGUACCCACCUUAUUCUCUAAGAUCCAGGCUUAUGUUGGCUUGAAAACUCAGUCCCUCCCCAAGAACCUGUAUGAUAACUUAAGGAAAUCCUAGCUUUAAGCAGGGGUCUAGGAAGGGACAGAUAUCCAAGAACACACACACACACACACGGCCCUGGGUGGGGGAUACGUGACAGUCUGGGACAGUGGAGAGGAUUUAUAAGUCAGGGCAUGGCACAGCUACAGGGACAUUUAGUAUCCUUCAGGCUGAUCCUACACCUCCUAUUUUAACAUCCAAGAAAAUCAAAGUCUGAAGAAGGCACACAGUUUGCUGACAAUCUAUGGCUGGGCUGGGUCCACUUUGCCCUGACUUCUCUCCGCAAUCCUCUUUCUUGCUUUUUAAACCACUGAGAGCAAAGCAUCAUGACUUGGGGGAGCCCAGUGCCCUCUGGCAUCUCCUAACCAGAUGUUUUCUUAUCUUUCAGCAGUUUUUCAUGAUUUUUCCUCACACUGGUCACUAUCCAAUCAGAACAACCAACUUCUAACACUCCCUCACUAAAAGAACAUGGCUAAGGGCGAGAAAGGCCCCAAGGGCAAGAAGAUCACCCUCAAGGUGGCCAAGAAUUGCAUCAAAAUCACUUUAGAUGGGAAAAAGCGCCUUGACUUGAGCAAGAUGGGAAUUACCACCUUCCCCAAGUGUAUUCUGCGCCUCAAUGACGUGGACGAGCUGGACCUUAGCCGGAAUCUGAUCAGGAAGAUCCCUGACUCCAUCUCCAAGUUCCAGAACCUCCGGUGGCUGGACCUGCACAGCAACUACAUAGACAAGCUGCCUGAGUCCAUUGGCCAGAUGACCAGCCUGCUCUACCUCAACGUCAGCAACAACCGGCUGACCAGCAACGGGCUGCCCAUGGAGCUGAAGCAACUAAAGAACAUCCGCACUGUGAACCUAGGCUUGAACCACCUGGACAGUGUGCCCACCACACUGGGGGCCCUGAAGGAGCUCCAUGAGGUAGGGCUCCAUGACAACCUACUGAACAACAUCCCCGUGAGCAUCUCUAAGCUCCCCAAGCUGAAAAAGCUCAACAUAAAGCGGAACCCCUUUCCAAAGCCAGACGAGUCGGAAACGUUCAUAGACUCCAUCAGGAGGCUGGAGAACUUGUAUGUGGUGGAGGAGAAGGAUCUGUGUGCGGCUUGCCUGAGAAAAUGCCAAAACGCCCGGGACAAGCUGAAUAGAAUCAAGAACAUGGCCAUGACGACACCGAGAAAGACUAUCUUUCCCAAUCUGAUCUCACCCAAUUCAAUGGCCAAGGACUCCUGGGAAGACUGGAGAAUACGCUCAACAUCUUCCUAAAGUAGCUGUGGCAAAAACUUGAAGACUACUCAGCUAACAGAAUAAACGACUCUGAAGAGAAGAAGCCCCCAGUUAGGAGAAGACAGAGUGUCAAGUGAGAUGUUCUGGAAACCAGGCUCGCCGGAGCUAGCCAAGUAUCCGACUUGCUUCUCAAAUUCACUUCACCUCCCUUAGCUUUAGCUCACCUGCAUGUGAAAAUGACUUUGGGAAAUAUUUGAUGUGUUUUUAAAAAUGUAUAUAGAGGAAAAAAUUUAAGAAAAUUACAGAUUAUAUAUUAUAGACGACUAAAUAUUCAAGACUUUAAGACUUAAAAGGCUUACUGCCUCUACAUUUCACUCAGACUAGUACAUCUCGAUGCCAGUAGACUGUGAUGUUUGUGUAGGUAUGACAUACUGACAUGGUUUGCACAUUUGUCCCCUCCAAACCUCAUGUUGAGAUUUGAUCCCCAGUGUUACAGGUGCAGCCUAAUGGAAGGUCAUGGGGGUGGAUCCCUCAUGAAUGGCCUGGUGCCAUCCUCUUGGUAAUGAGUGAGUUCUCACUGUAUUAGAUCCUGUUGAAAAUUGAUUGUUAAAAAGAGCUUGGCACAUCCCUCUUCUCUCUCUCUCUCUUCCUCUCACCAAGUGAUGCCUGCUCCCCUUCGCCUUCCACCAUACCUAUACCUUAAAGCCCUCACCAGGAGGCGCUGGCACCUGUACAGCUUGCAAGAACCAUGACCCAAAUAAAUUUUCUUUAUAAA